AUGGCAGUUGCUCUCUACACCAACUCAAGCUCUCUGCCCAACUACAACACGCCCAACGCCACAGUCCAGCCGUUGAGUUUCUUCGAGGAGUGCAAAGUCAUCCCCGUGGGACCCAUGAUCUUCAUCAUCGCACAGGCUAUCAACAUCGUCCUGGGACUGCAGAUCAACCUGAUGGUGCUGUGGCUUCUACACAGGAACAAAGCCAGCUUCUCCACCUCUGACAUCUUCAUCCUGAACCUUGCCAUCCUGGACACCUUCUUCUGCCUCAUGUCUCCUGUUGACCUGCUCAACAGGUUACUGCUGAAUCAUGCGACUGUCUGGCAAGUCCAGUCUGUCGCGUACGGUAUAAAAGAUGGUUCUCCCCUGUUGCUCACUUGUAUCUGUCUGGACCGCUACCUAGCAGUGCUGCACCCCAUCACCUUCACUAGGUUCAGAAGUCAGAAGCACAGAAUCAUUUGUGCGGAGGUGCUGAUGGUCAUUAUCAUUAGCUAUGCCAUUUCUUACGCUGCGGGCGCAGUGAAGGGUUUUCACCGUGUGUUCAGUGUUAUGAUCCUUACAAUUUUUUCCAUCAUGGUGUUCUGUAACCUUUCCAUCCUCUGGGCUCUGAAAAGGUCUGGUCCAGGGAGGGAUGAGAUGCAUCCUGUGAAGAAGAAGGCCUUCAACAUGGUCCUUAUCAUUCUGGCCAUUAUAGUGUUUCAUUAUUUCCCACCUGUCAUUCUUUUCCCUUUCCAGAACUACUUCUCUCCUCUUGUGUUUAAGUGUUAUGUUCAUCACAUUGCGUUUGCCUUCAUGGACCUCAGCAGCAGUGUUCAGCCUCUGCUCUAUUUGUCGAGAAUAGUCAGAUUGCCAUGUUUUCCUGACUGA